AUGCAAUACUAUGGACAGUACGAACAUGAACAAAUACAAAAUUAUAAUGAAGAAAAUAUUACUAUUACUUUACACAAUCAAAAUAUAUGGGAUCAAUUUCAUCAAUUAACAAAUGAAAUGAUAGUAACAAAAGUUGGUCGUCGAAUGUUUCCAAUAAUUUCAGUUAAUAUUCGCGGAUUAGAUCCAGAAAAAAUGUAUACAGUUGAAUUAUCUUUUGAUCAAAUUGAUACUCAUCGUUGGCGUUUUGUAAGUUGUCAAUGGCAGCCUGGUUUAAAACCUGAUCCAGUUGUAAAUCGUUUAUCUUAUCAACAUCCAGAUUCACCAAAUUAUGGUCGAACAUGGAUGAAAGAGAAUAUUUCAUUUCCGAAAGUUAAAUUAACAAAUAAAGUCGAUAAUCAUGGCACAGGACAGGUUUUACUUAAUUCACUUCAUAAAUAUCGACCAAGAAUUUCUAUUAUUGAUGUUAUGACAAAAAAGAAAAUUUAUGAAACUAGUUUUAAUGAAACAGAAUUCAUUGCUGUUACAGCUUAUCAAAAUGAAGAAGUAAAAGCAUUAAAAAUACGAUAUAAUCCAUUCGCUAAAGCUUUUCUUGAUACAGGAAAUGUUAAAAGAGAAAUGAUAGAAGAUAAUGGAAGUAAUGAUCAAAUGUUUCAUUCACAAGAAUCAUCUUCCGGAGGACCUGAUCGACUUAAAAUUAAAUCAUAUCGAACAUCACCUUAUAAUUAUUCACAAUUACAACAAAAAACAUCACCAACAAAUGAAAUGACAUUUUCUCCAUAUCCAUCAUCAUCAACUUCACCAUUCGAUAUAUCAUCAUAUUAUGCUCCAAUGCUAUCGAAUAAUUUUACAUACUCUUCGGCAUCAUCAUCACAACCACUAUUAACAGAUAAUACUGCUUAUUAUUCGAAUCCAUAUUAUCCACCAUCAUCUUCAUAUUAUUUUCCAUAUGGAACAUCAUCAUCUUCAUCAGCAUCAGUAGCUCAAUAUCCAUUUUUUACUCCUUUCAAUUAUCCUGUGAAUAAUAAUAGUGAUCUUGAUACGAAAUCAUUUUUUUAUAUGCAACCAUCGAUGAAUACUACAUCAACUGAUGACAAUCAUCUAACUUCAUUAUUACCAAUGCCAAAUGAUAAUGGACAAUACUAG